AUGGUUCGUCAUAAGGUGUUUCGGAACCCAUUUGGCCGUCUCUCUGCUUGCUACGCUUUUUCAAGCGCCUCCCUUCUUAUUGUAUUUCUUCUAUGGUCCGUCCCAUUCGUGGCAAUCUCGUUCCCGAUACAAUAUCGCACGUUUUUCACUCUUCGCACGACAUACGGUCUCAUGGCAGUGAUCGCUGCUACAUUUGUAGUCAACUGGAGCGUAACUCUAAUAAGUAAUGAUUUUCUUCGAAGUUUCCCAAUCCCUUCUCGGCAUGGACUUCCAGAUGGAUGCGACUACUUCUACAGUCAUGAUCAGACGUACUGGGCAUAUGGUAGUGAGCCGUGCGCCCAGUUCCUAUGUAUUAUGUCGACGUUCAAUAUGACAGCUGUGUAG